GACAACAACUAUAAAAUGUUUUAAAUUUGAAUGUUUAGUCAGCAUAAACAACAGAAAAUUCGUUUUGAACACAGAACAAUUAACGCGCGGUGCACGUAAACAGGAGAAUGGCAAAAGAAGGGACUGGCGUUCUCGGUCAGCUGUCAGCCCUGCUACAGUGCUGGACAAUUGCUGUAUUUGUAUUCCUCUGUUUCCUAAUGAGUUUUAUUUUCAAAUUUCUCGGUGCACUUGUCCGUAAAAUGCUGGAGUUACUGCAGUUCGGAGGCAAAACCCUAACACACACGAUAAGUAUUUAUGUGAAAACAAAUACAGGGCGCACGUUGUCGGUCAAUUUAGAGCCUCAAUGGGACAUAAAAAAUGUCAAAGAACUCGUAGCUCCACAGCUGGGACUGCAACCAGAUGAGGUGAAGAUUAUAUUUGCUGGCAAAGAGCUGAGCGAUGCCACAACAAUUGAGGAAUGCGACUUGGGCCAGCAGAGUGUAAUUCAUGCGAUACGCACACGUCCCAAUGCGCAACGACAGCGAGUACAGUCGACGCUGGAGGAGGAGGAAGCGCCUCCACAGAACAUGGUCAUGGCUGCAGAGGAGCCUUCAAAGCCGCUAAAUGAGACAUUGCUUGACUUGCAGCUGGAAAGCGAGGAGCGUAUAAACAUUAGCGAUGAAGAACGUGUACGUGCCAAGGCUCAUUUCUUUGUCUACUGCACCCAAUGCGAUAAAUUGUGUAAAGGAAAGUUGCGGGUGCGUUGUGCGCUCUGUAAAGGUGGCGCCUUCACUGUGCACCGCGAUCCCGAGUGCUGGGAUGAUGUUUUAAAGUCACGCCGUAUACGCGGUCAUUGUGAGAGCUUGGAAAUUGCCUGUGUGGAUAAUGCGGCAGGUGAUCCGCCCUUCGCCGAGUUCUAUUUUAAGUGUGCAGAGCAUGUUUCGGGCGGUGAAAAGGAUUUUGCUGUGCCACUAAACCUAAUCAAGAACAAUAUCAAGGAUGUGCCAUGUUUGGCGUGCACAGAUGUUAGUGAUACGGUGCUGGUCUUCCCUUGCGCCUCGCAGCACGUCACCUGCAUUGAUUGUUUUCAACAUUAUUGUCGCUCUCGCCUGAACGAGCGCCAGUUUAUGCCCCAUCCGGACUAUGGCUAUACACUGCCUUGCCCUGCGGGCUGUGAACAUUCUUUCAUCGAAGAGAUACAUCACUUCAAGCUGCUGACGCGUGAGGAAUACGACCGCUAUCAACGAUUUGCUACCGAGGAGUUUGUGUUGCAGGCAGGCGGUGUGCUCUGCCCCCAGCCAGGCUGUGGCAUGGGCCUGCUGGUUGAGCCCGAGUGCAAUAAAGUGACUUGCCAGAAUGGCUGUGGCUAUGUGUUCUGUCGCAACUGCUUACAAGGCUAUCACAUUGGUGAGUGCCUGCCCAAUGGAGCGAGUGACAGCACACAGAAUUCAUGUGAAUACACUGUCGAUCCCAAUCGAGCUGCUGAGGCCCGUUGGGAGGAGGCGAGUAAUGUCACCAUCAAGGUAUCCACAAAACCCUGCCCCAAAUGCCGCACGCCCACGGAACGCGAUGGUGGCUGCAUGCAUAUGGUCUGUACACGUGCCGGGUGCGGGUUCGAAUGGUGUUGGGUUUGCCAGACUGAGUGGACGCGCGACUGCAUGGGUGCUCAUUGGUUUGGUUAGCGUUAAUACAAAAUGUCUUCUUUCGACUAUUAUUAUUGUUGACUUAUUGUAAAAAAAAUGGUAUGUUUUUAAGGCUGUCUAACUGAAAACAUACAUAAAUAUAUAUUUGGUUAAUAUUACCUAUUAAAUCAGAAA